AUGGAGCAUCCCGGUAAUGAGGAGACUGGUCCGACUGAUCCCUCCCCCGUCGUGCAGCACCUGCAGUCGCCCAGCGAGGAGCGUCAACCGCAGCCAGACCACCAUGAGGAUAUCGUCAUAACAGCGACUGCCGCCGGCGGGGUUAGCGCCAGCAAUGGCACUGCUCUAUCUGCGUCUUCUGUCGCCGAUGGCCAGGCGACCAAGGAACGUCCGAUCUCCGAUGUCGUCCCUCCAUACUGGCGUCACCAUCGCAAUGCCUCUCGUGCGUCCCAGACAUCGAUUGACACCGCCAUCAGCAAGCCCGCGAUAACCUUGGAGGAUCACACCGAGGACCCGAAUUCAGAUACCAGUCGCGGCCUGUGGGCGAAAAGCGUCACCAUUGACGACCAUGUCGUCGUUCACGGCAAGACGGGAGUGGGAGCAUACGUGGUGUGGAUCUGCAAGAUCGAGAUGCUCGAGGUGGGGCGGUCCCAUGAUGAUUCGGAUGAGAUACUCCGAGUUCGACGAGCUGCGAAAUCUACUGCUUGCGGCCUUCCCGCACGCAAAGAGCGCCUUGCCGCCUCUUCCUCCGAAGAGUGCUCUCUUGCGUCUCUCUGGCACCUCCGCGGCCUUGCCGAGCUUCAUUCUAACAGCAGAUCUAGCUGUGUUUUGUUGAACCCGGAGUUUUCGGGAUCUCCCGUGCUGAAAGAUUUCCUCUUCUCCCAUUUGGGAUGA